AAAGGUCGCCGAUUGCUACUAAGAACCUAACAGAACUUUUCAAAAUCAACACACCCAUCAUGCUAAAAAUUCCUUUCUCACACCAUCUAUUUCGACGUCGCCAAAUGGUAUGGUAUAGUUCUUUACAACUUGUAUCUAGUUUUGUCUCUCAGAGUUCGUUGCAAGAUCGUUUAUUGGCAUCUUCUUCUCUACGUAGUCGAUAUCCUAUACUUUCCAAUUCGAAUUUCUAUUCUAGCGCUCCUGAUGGCUCAAAUAAGAAGAAAGACAGUAGACCAAAGAGAAAGAUAUUGAGACAAGUAGACCAAAGGCAAACUAAAGCGCAAGCUCACUUUCAAGCCCGGGUUAAAGCUAUGAAACAAGUAUGCGGGAGUUUAAAACUAGAAUUGGCAGCUCGUAUAUGGCUAUUCAAAAUCAAGUAUCCGAAAAUCUUAUUAUUCUUGAAAUUUCUUUUUUGGGGUCUUAUUAUGGUUCGAGCUGGAUUGAUCAUUUAUGAUAAUAUCUCUGCUCUAUUUGCAUCAUUGCCUACUUGUCAUAUGAUGGCUGGAGCUGGAUCUUCCGUCGGAAGUGGAGAUUCGGGCAUCAACUCCGGAUGGACAUCCCUCCUAGGAAGUGGGAAUGGGAACAGCUCUAGCGGCAGUUCCGAGGACAUUCUCGAUCAGCCACCCCAUGCUAAUGCUGAGAGCAGGUCAGCACCACCCCAGCAUCAAACUGGAGAACCCUCUCAUCGGUGUCCAUAUCAACCCGAUGAAGUGAUCGGAGGAGACUCCAUCGAUUCAAUACAGCAACGGCUUUUAAGCCGUUAUCGAUCGCCUUCGGCGGACGUCAUAGACAUAGAAAGGGCCCGAAUCGACGCCGAAGAUCUUUUUGAGGUCAAGGCGGAAAUAAUUCAAACAAUGACACCCCUUCAUCCAGAAGGGGAUUGGCUUCGACGCGGGGCUCGCGCACUAGAUAACAACCGGACUACCACGGGGGAGGAGUCCCUUGCUAAAUUAUAUGCUAUGUUAGAAGACCUAAAGGCAAAUGGUAUAAAAUCGAUAUCAUUUCAUAAUUUGAAGAGUAAAGUCUUCUUAAGAAUCGAUGAUAUCGAUUCAAAUUCCGAAAUUCACUAAGUGCCUAGGACAGUGGAAAGAGAU